CUGAAAAACGUGAGUUUUUACUAAAUUUGAAAUGACAUGUUGGUUUCUGGAACAUAUAGAAAAACUUUUUUAAAGAAAAUGAUUUUUUUCAACAUUUGCAAAAUCUACGAAAACUGAAUAGAAAAAAGAAACUUGCUCAUUUGUGUGUGACACUUUUUGAGCUCAUAAAUAACUGGUUUCUGAUAGAAGAGAAAAAAGAGAAAAUUUCGUGGAGAAGGAAUGUUUGUUCAAGAGCAAACAUAUGCGAAAUGAAUCAUUACACACGAUUUUUGCAUUUUUUUUUGUAUGUUUCGAGCACACGGGGGCGCUAAGUAACUAUGCGUUUCAUUCUCGCGUUCAGUUAAGUAUUGAGAUAGUGACUAUGUGAACUGUGAUGUUUUUAAUUUUCUAGUCCCAACGAUAUUUGCUACUCAAUUAGUGACUAAACUUUCACACUUUUCCUUAGAUUUGGACCUAAACGUAGAUUUAGUCUAAUUGUUGAGUUUUCUACUGUUUAAAAUAUCGAUGUCUAUUUUCCACUUCGAGUUUUUUAAUAGGAUUCGUUCAUUUUAUAUUUUCUCGAUUAUUAAAAAGGUAGAAAUCACAAAUUUCGAGAAGUUUUUUUUUAUUUUCAAGGUUCCAACUUUUUUGUUUCACAAUUUUUCAAACAAAAAUUCACACGAGGCCCAAUUUUGCAUUUAAUUUUCAAUCCACAAAAAUUGAAUAACAAUUCGCAAUUUGCACAAAAAAGUGUGGACAAAAAAGAUUAGGUGCAAAUCAGAAAAUAUUCAUGUUGCCUUUCAUUCUCUUUUUUCUGCCGAAUCCAACCGUUCUUCGUCGUUUUUCGCAUAUUUUCUUUGUUUGUAGCAGCACUUGAGCUUUCCGCGGCGGGUGUGCUCUCGCCAAGACUCUCUCUCUAUUUCUCUCUCUAACUUGCGUUGUUGAAGCUUGCGCAUACAUAUUUUCGCAUUGUAUUUAUCGAUUUUUGUAUGUAUUUGGCAGAAAUUAUGCAACUUUUUUCUAGACUUUGUUUAAAAUAUAAUUGAAAAACUUUUCCAGUUUUUCCAAAAAAUGGUUCAUGUUUGAAAAUUUGAAAUAACUUUUAGUCACAAUGUUGUGAAAAGUGUUAUUCGUAGAAUUUUCGUUUUCCGAUUUUCAGUGUGAAACAUAACAUUUUUAGAAUGUUUUGAAAAAUAUUCUUCUUGAUCAAUUUUGUGCAUACUUUUGCUCAAUAAUCUGUUUUCUAAACUUAAAGGUAUGUAACUGGUAUUCUGAUCAACCAAAUAAAAAAAGACAACCAGCCGUGACCGCACCUUGAUUUGUUUACCCAGAAAUCAACAUGUCAAAAAAGUGACUUCAUAAUCAUAUUUCCUCCAUCAUCCCCCUCUUUUACAGUACAGUAGUUCUUUCCAACAUCAAUUUUUUCUCUUCAAAAUUUCGGUCCAAUUUGGAGCACGUGGCAACCGGUGGGAUGGUUUGCCAUCAAAUUCAAAUCCCACAAUUUUCGCGUUUGUUUUUUUAAUCUUUCGUUUUCGAAAUAUUUUUUCAAACAACUGCCAUGGAAAAAUAAAUAAAUUUUUCAGGCAAAACGCUGCUUUAGGACCCGAAAUGUCGUCGAAUAAUAUUGCUAGUAAUACGGUAGCACAGUUGCAGCAAAUGGGACAAGUUGCUGGAACUGGACCUGAUGAGGUUUUUCAGCAUGGUACUAUUGGAAAAUUUAUCCGGAUGGAAUUAGAAGGUGAACAACUUUUUUUUUAACUUUUAAACAAAAAAAAGUGUUCAAAUAUUCAAAUUUCUUCUCCAAUACUGAAUUUUUAAAGGAGGUUUCUCAUCCUUUGUCAGAUGCAUCUACGAAGCAAAAAGGACGAAUAACAAUACAGUUACUUUAGUGUAAGUUCAAGUAUCUUCUAGAACUCUGCGCACAUCUAUCCCCUAUAAUUUUCAGAUGCGAGCGAGAUCAAGAAUGUUGCGAACAUGGUUGUUGUCCAAAAGAUCAACAUUGGAUGGCUGGCGUCUAUGUUCUUCUCGCAUUUGUUCUUCUUGUUUUUGUAGUUGGAACAUGUCUUAUGAUUUGCUGUUAUCAAAGAUCGAAAAAUCGCGAGCGAAAAGAAGAGCGCGAAGCAAUGGAAUAUAAUAAUAAUGCGGGAGGUUAUGCAGCUUCUCAGGUUGGCGGCGGAGGUGCUUAUUCUUCUUAUGGUGGACCUGGAUACUAA